GCGGGCGCGCCGGGCGGCAGGUGUCGGCAGCGUAGGCAUUCGGCGGCGAUGGAGCGGCCCCGGGGAGCUGCUGGCGACCUCUCGCUCUGGCCCCACCGUCUCAGCCUCCUCCUCCUCCUCCAGCUGCUGCCGCCGGCGACCCUCGGCCAGGACCGGCUGGACGCGCCGCCACCGCCCGCUGCGCCGCUGUCGCGCUGGUCCGACCCCGUCGGGGUGAGCUGGGGGCUGCGCGCGGCCGCGCCCGGGGGCCCGGCUCCCCUCGGCGGCCGUUGGCGCCGCAGCGCGCUCGACGAAGAUGAAGACUGCGGCGGGGUCCGGGACUUCGUCGGCAGGCUGGCCAACAACACGCACCAGCAUGUGUUUGAUGAUCUCAGUGGCUCAGUAUCCUUGUCCUGGGUUGGAGAUACCACUGGGAUCAUUCUCGUCUUGACUACAUUCCAUGUACCAUUGGUAAUUAUGACUUUCGGACAGUCCAAGCUAUAUCGAAGUGAGGACUAUGGAAAGAACUUUAAGGAUAUUACAAAUCUCAUCAAUAACACCUUCAUUCGGACUGAAUUUGGCAUGGCUAUUGGUCCUGAGAACUCUGGGAAGGUGAUUUUAACAGCAGAGGUGUCGGGAGGAAGUCAUGGAGGAAGAAUCUUCAGAUCAUCAGAUUUUGCAAAGAACUUUGUUCAGACCAAUCUCCCUUUUCAUCCUCUGACUCAGAUGAUGUAUAGUCCUCAGAAUUCUGAUUAUCUUUUAGCUCUCAGCACUGAAAAUGGCCUGUGGGUGUCCAAGAAUUUUGGGGGAAAAUGGGAAGAAAUCCACAAAGCAGUAUGUUUGGCCAAAUGGGGAUCAGAAAACACCAUCUUCUUUACCACCUAUGUGAAUGGCUCCUGCAAAGCUGACCUUGGGGCGCUGGAAUUACGGAGAACUUCAGACUUGGGAAAAAGCUUCAAAACCAUUGGUGUGAAAAUCUACUCAUUUGGUCUUGGGGGACGUUUCCUUUUUGCCUCUGUGAUGGCUGAUAAGGAUACAACAAGAAGGAUUCAUGUGUCAACAGAUCAAGGGGACACAUGGAGCAUGGCCCAACUCCCCUCUGUGGGGCAGGAACAAUUCUAUUCUAUUCUAGCAGCUAAUGAUGACAUGGUGUUCAUGCAUGUAGACGAACCUGGAGAUACCGGAUUUGGCACUAUAUUUACCUCGGACGAUCGAGGCAUUGUCUAUUCCAAGUCCUUGGACCGACAUCUCUACACAACCACAGGUGGCGAGACAGACUUUACCAACGUGACCUCCCUCCGUGGGGUCUACAUGACAAGUGUGCUCUCAGAAGAUAAUUCUAUCCAGACUAUGAUCACUUUUGACCAAGGAGGAAGGUGGAAGCACCUGAGGAAGCCUGAGAACAGUGAAUGUGAUGCUACUGCAAAAAAUAAGAACGAGUGCAGCCUUCAUAUUCACGCCUCCUACAGCAUCUCCCAGAAACUAAACGUUCCAAUGGCCCCACUCUCAGAGCCUAAUGCUGUUGGCAUAGUCAUUGCCCACGGUAGCGUGGGGGAUGCCAUCUCAGUGAUGAUCCCGGAUGUGUACAUCUCAGAUGAUGGGGGUUACUCCUGGCUGAAGAUGCUGGAAGGACCUCACUAUUACACCAUCCUGGAUUCCGGAGGCAUCAUUGUAGCCAUCGAGCACAGCAGCCGUCCUAUCAAUGUGAUUAAGUUCUCCACAGACGAGGGUCAGUGCUGGCAAACCUACAUGUUUACCAGGGAGCCUAUCUACUUUACUGGCCUGGCUUCAGAACCCGGAGCUAAGUCUAUGAACAUCAGCAUCUGGGGUUUCACAGAAUCUUUCCUAAGUCGCCAGUGGGUCUCCUACACCAUCGAUUUUAAAGAUAUCCUUGAAAGGAACUGUGAAGAGAAGGACUAUACCAUAUGGCUGGCUCACUCCACAGACCCUGGAGAUUAUGGAGAUGGCUGCAUUUUAGGCUAUAAAGAACAGUACCUACGGCUACGCAAGUCAUCUGUCUGUCAGAAUGGUCGGGACUAUGUUGUGACCAAGCAGCCGUCCGUCUGUCCCUGCUCCCUGGAGGACUUCCUCUGUGAUUUUGGCUACUUCCGUCCAGAAAAUGACUCCGAGUGUGUGGAACAGCCAGAACUGAAGGGCCACGACCUAGAGUUUUGUUUGUACGGGAGAGAAGAGCAUUUGACGACAAAUGGGUACCGGAAAAUUCCAGGAGACAGAUGCCAGGGCGGAGUGAAUCCUGUUCGAGAAGUGAAAGAUUUGAAAAAGAAGUGCACAAGCAACUUUCUGAGUCCAGAAAAGCAGGACUCCCGCCCACAGGGACACAACUUGUCCCAGAAUCCAGCUCUGCCUCCUCUUGGAUACAUUGAAAACACACACUCCCUAUCUCCCACCCAAAAGCAGAAUUCCAAGUCAAAUUCUGUUCCAAUUAUCCUGGCUACUGUGGGAUUGAUGCUGGUCACAGUCGUGGCAGCAGUGCUCAUCGUGAAGAAAUACGUCUGUGGGGGAAGGUUCCUGGUGCAUCGAUACUCUGUGCUCCAGCAACAUGCGGAGGCCAAUGGUGUGGAUGGUGUGGAUGCUUUGGACACAACCUCCCACACUCAUAAAAGUGGUUAUCAUGAUGACUCAGAUGAGGACCUCCUGGAAUAGCUCCUCAAAGGAGCUGGGACUGAGCACAGAUGAUGGAACCGCAGUACCUCUUACACUCCCUGUGGCUCCGACUUGGGGAAAUAAAUUUCCCGUUGCGAGGGA